AUGUCUGCCGCGAUUGCACUCGCGACGCUGCCCAUUUGCACUCGCACAGGACUGCCUCCCGUCCCUUUCUUUGAAAGCGACUUGCAUGCGACUGAAACCGUUUGCUGCCGUCGGCUCUUGCAAAGUCUCUGCAUUACUGUUCAAAGGGCUACCAAAAGCAUGGCGUCCACUAAGCCCGCCGAGUUGGACGGUCCGUCUGGAGCAAGCGAUCCUGAAGCAUAUGGGGGAGGAGAUGCAGACAAGAGUGCACAAGAAGGUGGUGCCGCCGCGGCGUUGCCUGUGGAGAGUGCCAGUCAAGACAAGGGCAAAGAAAAAGUCGUGGAGGAGGGGUCCGCCGAAGAGAAGACUGCACCUGAUUCUAGGCGGACGCUUCUUGAUGACGUCCGAAAGCACUCGGACUCGCUUCUGCAUCCCGCGCUGGCCACUAAGGCGGUGCAGGCAGACGGGGAGUCCGAGGGGGGCAGCAAAUACUGGAAGGACCUGGUGGACACAUUCUUCGUACGAGGGGCGGCCAAGGGGUCGAAAGCACAGGACGACAUGCUCUUCUUUGUUAGGAAGCAUAGUGUCAUGCUGGAAGACCGGAUGCAGCUUGCGGACGAGCUCGGACAGCUCACGCCGUCCGGCGUCCAGGGGCCAGGCCGACUUGCGCCUUUCUUCGUCAAGCGGUGGCAGCCGGACUUGUCGUCGGUGCUGGGAAAGGGCAGCUCCAAGGGCGGGCCCAACUCGGAGAGCAACCAGCGGGAGUUCGUCGUCGACUGGCGGCGGACGUUCUACCUCAACCUGAUUGCACAUACCACGUUCGCGCUCACAGUCGCGGUCUGCAGUCGCAAGGCUUUGGAGCUUCACCGAAAGGCUGGCGGCGCUCCCGUCACACCCCUGUACAAAGUCACCAAGACCGUGUAUGCCUCCCCCAGCCGUGCGCGCAUUGACAUGGACACGUCAAAGGCCUCGCAAACCACGCCCGCAUAUCCAGACAUCUGUUUUGCUGUCGACGAUUACGACGACACUUUUGACUCCGUGGUUAUCUCUGACCCCGACCACUGCUUCUGCGUCCUGCUUAAUGCAAACGGGGGGGCGGCUUUCUCGGGCAGCGACCACAGCGGCACCCCCCGGACGAGCAAAGAGGCGAACGUCCUGGAGGAAACUGGGACCUCGCCAAAAGUUACAUUAUUCUCCGGCUUUGUGGGGUACGACCUGGUUAAGGAGGCGUUCAACAGCGGCCGCGGCCGCAUGGGCGGUCUCUUCACCGCAACGUCCGGCCGGGCGGAGCGACUGGUGAUGCGGGGACCAGGGGGCAGGGGGGAGGCUGACGUGGCAGUGUCGGGAGUGCGAGAAAGCGAGGGCUCCUCAAAAACAAAGGCCGACAAGACAGGCGGUGAAGAGCCGCAACCGUCAACCGAUGACGACGCCAGCAGUCCGACCGCGCGGUUCGAGAUGGAGCAGAACAAGAAGCGGCUAGGGUUUGGGGACUUCGCCAAAAAGGCGGCGGCAGCGGCAGCAACCACUGCACGCAAUCUAGCUCAGGUAUAUUUGGCGGCAACCCAAGACGUCCCCGACGAGACGAACCUCAAGUGCUGCCUCAUGUCGUUGACCAUCUCUUGGGAGGCGUUGGCGCACGACCUCCUUUUCAAAGAGUUGCCCGGGCCGCCGGCUGCGGACGAAACUAAAGAAUAAACAAAUCGACGCCGCAGUCUGCCGGCAGCGUAAUCUUGGUCCAGUCUUUUGUGAGUAUGAGAAGGUUCCGCGUGCGAAGUCGCUUGCACUUUGAGACAAUGAUGCCGAAUGAUCUUGUGAAUAGGCUGGAGAUAGAACUCGUUAAGGAGGCGACCCAUUUCAAUCAGUGCAAAGGACGGGCUUCCAUGCAAUUGGUCUAAUUACGUCCUCUCAUUCAAUGAAUGUCCGUUGUGUACUAACUUCUAACGGCCUUCCUAAUGCGCGUGCUGCACAGUGAAUAAGGGCAAUUGGAUGCCUGAUCGCUGCAAGCGGCGCGGGAAAGAUCGGUUCCGGAAGGCUAAGUUCACUUUUAUGCUAGCCGCGCAGCAGGAAGGAUUGAACUCGAAAGGAACAAAAGUGCAAAG